CAGGGUAACUCACUCGGCUUCCGCGCCACGUCCUGGGCGUGUGAUAGUCCGAGCCCGCCCGUUCCGGGGCCGCAGGAACGAAGGCGCCUCGGGUGGUGGGAUGGCUGGAAACAUGUGGAAGAGACGCAUGCGAGAGGCUGCUCGGGUGCUGGGCAGCGGUACUUGUCUAUUUGUUGCUUAUUGCACUGCAGUUGGGGAUGAAAAGUUUUAUGCUAAUCACCUGAUGCCGACACUGCAGAGAUUUCUGGAUCCAGAAAUGGCGCAUACUUUGGCUGUCCGUUUUAUUUCCUGGGGAUUAAUCCCUCGUUCAAAAUGCAAGGAUUCUUCAGCCCUGGAGGUGAAUGUAUUUGGCCGAACAUUCAAGAACCCGGUUGGACUUGCUGCGGGGUUUGACAAACAUGGGGAGGCAGUGGAUGGUCUUUACAAGAUGGGGUUCGGAUUUGUGGAGGUGGGAACUGUCACGCCACACCCCCAGGAUGGUAAUCCCAGACCCAGGGUGUUCAGACUGGAUCCCGAUCAAGCAAUCAUCAACAGAUAUGGCUUUAACAGCCAUGGACUUACUGUCGUACAAAGGAGGCUCCAAGCUCGGUCAGAAAUACAAGAGCAGCUUACUAAAGGGGGAAAUCUUCUGGGCAUAAAUCUUGGGAAGAACAAGCUCUCUAGCGAUGCUGAAGCUGACUACGUUGAAGGAGUCCGUGGGUUUGGCUCAUUAGCUGACUAUCUGGUUGUGAAUGUGUCCAGUCCCAAUACUCCAGGAUUAAGAACUCUUCAGGGCAAGGAAAAGCUCCACAGCCUGCUAACAAAGGUAAUGAAAGAAAGGGAUUAUCUGAAAGUCAAUCGGAAACCUGCUAUACUUCUGAAAAUUGCUCCAGACCUCACAGCUGAAGAUAAAAAAGAUAUAGCCAGUGUGGUAACUGAGCUUGGGGUUGAUGGUCUAAUCGUGACGAAUACAACAGACAGCAGACCAACGACUCUUCAGGAUCCAUUGCAGACUCAGGGUGGUGGUUUAAGUGGAAUGCCACUCCGAGAAUUGUCAACGAAAACUGUGAACGAGAUGUACUCUCUAACCAAAGGGAGAGUUCCCAUUAUUGGAGUGGGUGGAAUUAGUAGUGGAGCUGAUGUCCUUGAGAAGAUCCGGGCAGGAGCCACGUUGAUCCAAUUGUACACGGCCAUUACAUACCAAGGGCCUCCUUUGGUACACAAAAUCAAAUGUGAAUUAGAACAACUGUUAAAGGAACAAGGAUUUUCCAGUGUUGCUGAGGCAGUGGGUGCAGAUCACAGGCCUGGGGUGACACAGAUGCCAGCCCUCUCAAAGGAUAACAUUCAAGGUGCUCCAGUCAAAGCAACCACUGUGUUGGAGCACUCGACAGAAUAGGAGACGUGGGGGCAUCCACAGCGAUUAGUUGCCUCUACAACUGGUGACAAGUUGUUGGACAAUCAGAAUGAGAAGACCUAAUGAUAUCUCAUCAGCAUCAAGAUGCACUUUUGAUGAGCCCUGCGAACAAGAUGAUCAGUGCACGGAUUUAUCAAUGUACAAGUUGAUCUGUUUUUCAAAAACAUAUUGACUAUAUAAUAUGUUUCUGUCACCCAGCAGAGGUGGUAAAGACAUCCAUGCUUUCUUUUGUACCAUAAUUGCAUCAAUAAAUGAAUGUGGAUAUAU